CAGAAGUAAUGUCGAAACCUGUAAAAUCACCCUAUCCAAGAGCCAAAAUUGAUUUGCCAGGUUCGUACCGUUCAGGUCCUAAGGGGUCUCAAAGGCCGGGAAGGGAGACAUUGUUUCCCGAAGGAUCAAAUUCAAGGUCAAGGUUACUGCAGCAACAAGAUCCCUCUCAGUUUAGAUACAACCCUGAGAGUGUGAAUAGCGACAAGCCUGAAGUUAGCCGUUUGCGUCGGUGGAUAUAUCGGAAUCCUCGCAGAUUUCAGAUUAUUGGUCUCAGUCUUGGGCUCACAAUUUUCUUCAGUCGUCCUUUGUAUGACAUAUUUUUAAGAGAACAUAUUGAAGGCCCAUUUGUAAUCAAAAUGGAGUCUGUUAAGAAGGCACAAAAUCGUCUGCGAAAUUACCCUAAACUUGUUGCAAACUGUGCACCUGUAGCAACUGAAUAUGCACGUUGUGUGGCUUUGAAAGGAAAUGUACUGAAAGGAGAUUGUGCUCAAGAGUUUGAAGCAUUUAAAAGGUGUAUUUUAGAAUCUGCCAAAAAAAUGAAAACAAAAAUUUGAAUUGGAAAUACUAGGCAAAUUGGAUACUGCAGUAAACCUGAAUAAAGAAAAUACUAUA